CAAACCAGUCAGCUACUCUGAUUCAUUUUUUGGCCAAGUAAAGGAAGAUAAAUUCUGGGUUUUGAAUUUGGUUUUGCUGGCUUUUCGGAUUAUGAGAACCGGUAACCGGCAAAUGAAGAGCUUGCUCUUUAUGAUUUCACUUAAUUUGGCCUGUUCUACAGUUGAGUUCGCCAUUGGACUCUUUACGGGUCGUAUUGGUCUGGUAUCUGAUGCAUUUCAUUUGGCAUUAGGGUCUGGUCUCUUGACAUUUUCAUUGUUUGCAAUGGCAGCUUCUCAAAGAAAGCCUGAUCAUGUUUACACUUACGGGUUCCAAAGGCUUAAUGUAUUGUCUGCUUUCACCAAUACAGUGUUUCUAUUGUUCAUGUCAUUCUCCUUAACUGUGGAAGCACUUCAUGCUUUCAUCGAAGAUGAAUCAGAGCACAAACAUUAUUUAGUCGUAUCGGCAGUGACAAAUCUGAUGGUGAAUCUUAAUGGCGUUUGGUUCUUUAGAAAUUAUGCUCGAAUCAAUCUUGUUUACAAGAAAGCUGAAGAUAUGAAUUACCACUCAAUUUGCUUGCAUGUUGUUGCAGAUUCCAUUCGCUGUGUAGGUUUGAUAUGGACGUUCUGGUUAUUGUCUCUGGGGGUAAAUAAUGCUGAAGCUUUGUGCAUGGGAUUAGUUUCGUGUUCAGUAUUCAUGCUCGUAAUGCCUGUAUUUAAAGCUAGUGGCGGCGUCUUGCUUCAGAUGGCACCACCUAAUAUUCCAUCUUCAGCUUUGACCAAAUAUUGGGAGCAGAUCAGUUGUCUUAAAGAUGUUACACAAGUGUCGGAAGCUCGGUUUUGGGAAGUAGUUCCUGGCCAUGUUGUUGGAUCCCUUUUACUUGAGGGUAAGCAGGGGAUGGAUGAUGGGGCAAUAGUGGAGUACGUGCAUGGUUUGUACGGUGACUUGGGAAUCAAUGAUUUCACUGUACAAACUGAUUAUAUAUGA